AGGAGACUGAAGUGGUAGAACACUAGUGGCGCCACAAUGGACUCUACUUUCGGCAACAUCUUCCUAUUUCUCACCGAAUUGGCGUGGAAAAGUCGCCUGACCAUACCGAUUCUGGUCACCACCGCAUUUCUGGUUAUGGACAUACGCUUGCAGAUUGAAAUCAACAUACAGUCGGGACAAUUUAAUGCAAGCGAUUUGGAUGAUGCUGAUGAUGUUUUCGACGACCAGCUGGGAGCACAUGAUGAGCACGACUUGGGCGAGGACAGUGGCAGCGACAGCUAUUCCGACGAUCUCGAGUACAACAGCGAGUACUCCAAUGAGGAUGGCAACAACAGCGAACCUUCCCACUACAGCCUGUACAUGCAUGACCCCUGGGGCUCCGACUGGGAGGCCGAAGAAGAUGUCGAUGUCGAUGCCAAUUAUCCGCACGAAAUGCCACUCUGACGCGCAUAAAACAUAUAAAUUUAAGAAGUAACUGGGCUUAAUUAAUUAGCUUUAUUCUCAGUACAUGUACCAUUAUGUAUAAGUAUGCAUGUAUAUGUAUAUAAUGUAUGUACAUCCUCAGCUGUAGCUAAAUGUGUAACCUCCUCUCUUAUUUAUCCGUUUUUGUGUGUACUAUAGUAUAUACUAUACUACUA